AUGAGUGAUGUGAAGGCAGUUGUGGUGGACAACGGGUCGGGCAGUUGUAAAGCGGGGGUCGCUGAACACAAGGACCCCUCCAUAGUGUUCCCGUCGUGUGUUGGAAAGCGAGGCGAUAGGGAGUACGUGGGCUCAGACGCUCAGAAACGACGCGGCAUACUAGCCCUCCAGUACCCCAUCCAACGCGGACACCCGGUGCUCAUGACAGACGUGGCACUCAAUCCAAAGGCUAAUCGCGAAAAAAUGGCUGAAAUCAUGUUCGAGACCUUCAACAUACCGGCCCUCUAUGUGGCCAUUCAGGGAGCUCUGGCCCUCUACUCGUACGGUCGGCUCACAGGCCUCGCGCUUGACUGCGGGGACGGCCUCUCGCAAGCCGUUCCGGUCAUCGAUGGCUAUCACGUAUGGGACGCCGUACAGCGCCUGGAGGUGGGCGGCCGCGACCUCACCGACUAUCUCGUGAGGAUACUCACCGAAAGGGGCCAUUACUUCAACACUCAGUCGGAACGGGAUGUGGUCCGGGAGGCCAAAGAGCGGUUAUGUUAUGUGGAGCUCGACUACGACCGGGCGAUGGCCAACCCGACCCCCGCGCUGGACAGGGACUACGAGCUACCGGACCGGCAGGUGUUUACAGUGGGCGCCGACCAGCGGUUCCGGUGCCCGGAGGUCCUGUUCCAGCCCUCGCUCAUGGGUUUGGCGUCAGGCGCCCGGAGGGGACUGUUGGCUAAUGUGCUGUCCGGCGGUAAUACACUUUAUCGCGGGUUCGCGCGUAGGUUGCGCCGGGAGUUGAUGGGUCUGGUGGGCGACGCUAGUGUGGGCCGAAUGGUUAGGCGCCCAGAGCGCCAGUAUUCCGUGUGGUUUGACGGGUCGAUAGUGGCAUCGCAGCCGGAAUUCCUGCGGAAUUAUAUCUCUAGGGAACAGUACGCCGAGUUCGGGCCUUCCGCUGUCCACCGCACCGACCAUUAA